GUUUGUGAAUGACGUAAUGAGCGUAAAACAAGAUGGAGUCGUCUUAAGCAUAAACCGAUGUGAAUGACUUUAUCGACGUAGAAGUCUGCCUCUCCUGAGGCUCCGGUCUUGUUUUACGGUCGUUCCGUCAGAUAAUUAUCUUCACGAUAAGAUAAAGAGCCUUGUAGGCGUCGCUGAACGACUAGCCAGCGGAGCUUGUCGCCUUUCUCCCGCGACCCUCCGGUGACAGCCGGGGAGGCGAGGCGCUGAAAGACAGGAUGGACAGCGGAGAGUACAUCUCCACCAUGGAGAACAUGGACACGACUUUAGCGGAAUUAGGGGACGAAUUCACACUGGGAGACAUCGACGAGAUGCUGCAGUUUGUCAGCAACCAGGUGGGGGACUUCCCGGACUUGUUUGAGGACCAGAUGAACUCAGCAGGCUCUAUACAGAGUGGUGGUACCAGCACCACCGCACGACCUGCCAUUCAAACCCCUCAAACCCCCCAAACUCCUCAGACCCCAACCCCAGCUGUCUACCAGAGUACCAACGUUAGCCUCGCCCCCUCCCAGACACUGUCUCCCCAGGCUCUACCCCUCACCCCUCCCCUCACUCCCGCCCAGACCCCCUCCCCCACCACAGCCCCCUCAGUGCAGCAGCAGGUGACCCGUAGCCCUCCACUCCUUCAGCCCCGGCCUCAGGUGGUCCAGCCCAUCCAGCCUCAGCCUCAGCCUCAACAGACAGCCCAGCCCACCAUCCAGAUGCACACCCAGGGAAUCCCCAUGCACACCCAGAGCUUCCCAGUCCACACCCUGGUUCAGACCCACAGCCAGACGCCCCUGCCAAUCCAGACCCAGGCAGCCCAAACUGUAAUGAUUACCUCCAGCGGCGGACGCUUCAUCCAGAACCCUGUCAUCUGCCACCAGAGCCCUGCUCCUAGUUUCCAAGUCCUCCAACCACAGAUGCAGAGCAUUAUGACAUCACCACAGCUCCAACCGGUGACCAUUCAGCACCAGCGGGUCCUGACUCCAACCGGUCAGACCAUCCAGACUCUCUCCACAGCGCCCACCACAGUCCACACAAUGCAACAGCAGAUGCAGCAAGUACCUCUUCUGGUCCAGCAGCCUCAGAUUCUGAAGACAGAUUCACUGGUUCUGACGACGCUCAAAUCAGACGGCACACAGGUGCUGUCUACCAUGCAGAGCCCUACGGGGAUCACCACCCUGACAACGCCCAUCCAGAACACAGCUCUGCAAGUCCCGACGUUGAUGAGCAGCAACAUCCUGACCACCGUCCCUGUUAUGAUGGGAGGAGGAGACAAGCUGCCAAUCAAGCAGCUCCAGCCGGGCUCCUCCCACUGCACAAAUGGCGUCAGAUCAAACAUGGACCACAGCCAGAUGAUGGGAGGUGGAGUAGGGCCGGGAGGAGUGGUGAAGGAGGGCGAGAGGAGGACGACCCACAACAUCAUCGAGAAGAGGUACCGGUCCUCCAUCAACGACAAGAUCAUAGAGCUCAGAGACCUGGUCAUGGGCAAUGACGCAAAGAUGCAUAAGUCAGGAGUGCUGAGGAAGGCCAUUGACUACAUCAAAUACCUGCAACAGGUCAACCACAAACUACGACAGGAGAACUUGGCCCUUAAGAUGGCCAACCAGAAGAACAAGCCAGUGAUCCUGCCUGAAGAUGUGGAGCUUAAACAGGAAAUAGUGAUGAUGUCACCUCCAGCCUCGGACUCUGGUUCUGGUUCCCCUCCCCAGUUUUCUCCUUACUGUGUGGACUCUGAGCCGGGCAGCCCCUUACUGGAUCAUGAGCAGAUGAAGAGUGAGCCAGAUUCGCCCUCCUCAGUUGGAGUGAUGGAUCGUUCUCGAUUGCUUCUCUGCGCCCUGACUUUCUUCUGCCUGUCCCUAAACCCGCUGCCAUCUUUGCUGGGCUCUGAGGCCUCAGGGAGCCACAGCCUAUCUGGGGGCCAUGUGCCGUCUAGAACGCUGGUCUGGUUCCCAAGUCACACGCAGGACUUUGCAUCCUGGCUACGGUGCCUGUUGCCAUGGGUGAUGGUGUGGGUGCUGAGUGGGGUAGGAGCAGUGUGGGGCUGUGUCAGAGUUCUCUAUCUGUGGGAGCCCGUCACGCCCCUUCACUCUCCAAAAUCCGUAUCGUUCUGGAGGCACCGCAAACAAGCCGACCUGCAUCUCAAAAGGGGAGAUUACACAGCAGCAAUGGACAGUUUAGAGACCUGCCUGUCCGUCUUGACCAGAGCUCUUCCCUCAACCAGUCUGGACCUGGUCUGCUCACUGUCCUGGAAUGUGAUUCGCUACUUCUUGCAUCGUCCAACACCUCUGGGCUGGCUGGUUCACCAGGUUGGAGGGAAGCAUGAGGGGGAGGAGGCUAGGACUAGUGCGAAGGACGCAGCACUGGUUUACCACCGGCUGAGCCAGCUGCAACUCACAGGAAAGCUGCCUCAGCGCAGCAGCCUGUGGGCUUUGUCUCUUUCUCUGAGUGCUGUCAACCUCAGCGAGAGCGCCCAAGGCAAGAUGGCCCCCGCCCAGCUCACCCAGAUCUAUGUCACUGCAGCAACAGCCCUGCGCACCAUGCUGGGCCACCACCUGUCCUUUUUACCUGGUUAUCUGUUGAGUUGUGCAGAGAGUGUGGCCAACCAAUCAGAGACCAGGCCGAUCCCUGACUGCCUGCGUUGGCUCUUCACCCCGCUGGGUAGGCAGUUCUUUCUGAGUUGCGAUUGGUCGGUGAAGUCCGAGAGCACCGACGGGGUGUACACUUCUCAGAGAGAUCCAGCUGACCCCAUUGCACAGCUUCACCGCUGUUUCUGCAGGAAGCUUUUGGAGAGAGCCGUUCACACCCUCAUUCAGCCACAGAGCGACUCUGAAUCAGGCAAACGCAAGAACGACUCUGGAGAAUUUUCCAGUGCCCUGGAGUUUCUCCAGUUAUUGAACAGCUGUACAGAGGACUCUCCCUCCCCUCCUCCUCCCUUCUCAACUCCUCCCAAUCACACCACCACACCAGUGGGGGACCCAGUGAGUCGUUGGUGGGCUUUGGUCCUGAAGGCUGCUGUGCAUUGGCUGCAGGGUGAUGAUGUCGCAGUAAGGUCACUGUUGGCAGAGGCAGAACGGAUGCCGAGGGCCCUACACACUCUUGACCACCCUCUGCCCAAGGCUGUGCUGCUGCUUUGCAAGACAGUUCAGAUGAGUCUUUCCCCUCUGAAGGGAGAGGGGGCGGUAGCCUGCCUGUCUCACUGCGACAGAGCCAGCAGCUACCUGCGCUCCAGCAUCUCGGUGCCCCUCGCCCAGUCUGGGAACUGGCUGAACAAGGGGGUGGAGCUCCUGGUCUGUGACCUUCUGCUGACCUUGAGGACUAGUUUAUGGCAGCGGGGAGGCAGCAGUAAUGGGGAACCUGGCCUGGCACCUGGAUCCCAGUUGGCGGGUUUCCAGAGGGACCUCAGCGCGCUCAGAAAGCUCACACAGUGCUACAGACAGGCACAACACAAGGUGUUUCUUCAUGAGACCACAGUGAGGCUGAUGGCUGGAGCCAGUCCCACAAGGACACACCAGCUGCUGGAGCACAACCUCCGACGCAGGACGCACAGCUCCUACACAGCCGAAGGUGAGUGUGUCCUGGGUGAGCGAGAGAGGGCUCAUGCAAUCCUGCUGGCCUGCCGCCACCUGCCCAUGCCUCUACUAACCCCGCCCGGGCACCGUGCCCGCCUGCUGGCCGAGGCCAAGCGCACCCUGGAGCGAGUGGGAGACCGUCGGUCCCUGCAGGACUGUCAACAGAUCCUGCUGCGCCUCAGCGGGGGCACGACCAUCGCUGCCUCCUGAAGACGCGCGCGCACACACACACACACACACACACACACACACACACACACACACACACACACACACACACACACACACACACACUAGGGCUACUCAGAGUACAGUACAGCAACAAUGCUAUCAUACAUAGAAAGAUGUAAACCAGGCUACUCAACCCACCAACAACAAGGAAUUCUGUCACUCAUUCACACCCUCACACUGAUCCAGGGCCAAGACUUUUCUUCAAACUGCCAGGCUUUUCUCUCUCCCUCCACACACACACACACACACACACACACACACACACACACACACAGCUGAUUUUUACUGCCACAGCUACAUCUAACUCUAAGCCCUAUAUCCACACCGCAGCUGCUGCACAUUUCCUCCAUUGAUGCUUAGUUUCAUUGUUGCAGCACAAUCAUGCCACCUUCUGGACAUUAAUGGUACCCUGCUGGCAAACAGCCUCAUUUUAAACAAUGCUACACAACAACAAGAAAAUCAGGUUUAAUAGGCCCCAAAGGGAAAAGGGACCAUUAUCUAAUAACUGUUUAAAUGAAUGCAAUGCAGCAGUGCAUUGAUUAGCUGUAGUAUACCGAGCUGUACAAUCAUUAUUGGCACACGGCAGCAGAGUGCUACAAUAACUGUGUAAUGUCUCAUUGAAAUUGCAAGCUUCAAUUAAGGGCUUCGGAGUAUUCAAGAGUAGACAGCCACAGUCUGUUAAACAUGGCUGUGCUGUAGGAUGCAGACAGACAGACUAGCUUGCUUUUCACCAUACAGUGCUGAGUAGUGUCUCUUCUUAUCUACCUCAUACGCAGUACAAUGGCAGCAUUGUACUGUGGAGCAAAAUAGAAUACUUAAGCACCAAGUCAGUUAUCCUGAAUUAAGUGACUAUUUAAAGUGAUGCUUCAAUCCAGUGCAGCAUCAUUCUAAUGAAACCUUGCUGAGCAGCUGUAUUUAGACUUUAGGAUGCAGCAGUACAGCACUUUAGUUAGCAAUUUGACUUGCUGUUGCAGAAAUUGCAAGAAUGAUAGACAACUACUGCUGACCUGCUCACAAGAAACAGGGGAAAAUGAUUGGAUUUGGGGAAUGUCUAAAUAACAGAGGGAAGCAGCCAAUCAUGGGCCAUUAAGUUUGAAAAUGCCUUUCUAAACACACAGACAGAUGCAUAUACAUUUUACAUAUUAAAGUAAUUGCAUACAGACUCACAAUGUGAUUGUACAUAGGUUGUACAUAGGCAGAUUAACAGAAGUACAUUAAACAGGAAGUCCUUACCCACUGCUCAAGAGGAGACACGCAUCAAAGAAAGCACUGUCACAUGUUAGAGCUGACUAGGAAAGGUUUUCUGUCAGAGUCUGGAUCUGACCAAGGUCAGUCGCCUGGCCCUUAAAAUGAUAGUCCACCAAAAGUCAUCAUCAAACACUCACCUGCUGUGGCUUUAAACAACUGAUGGAGAACAGCGGCUGUGGUCAGUUUGAAUUCAUCAUGGUUUACACAGCAGGAAAGAACGUCCAUAACAGUAUCUGCUGUCUGCUGUACUCAACAGAUGUUGGGUGGCAUGUCACUUUAAGGUACAGUAUAUCUGAGUGAAAAUAGUCUUAUGAAAGUGAGGAGUGGUCUUGGAGGGGAUGUGUCCACAUAUGAUGUAGAGCUCUCAAGCAAAAUGGCCUUGAUGUUAUGUAAAAAAAAAUAAUUAUUUUAUUAUGUUUCAUCAUAUUUGGAAUGAUGGAGGAGUUGUAUCUUUGUGAAAUCUUUGUCCAGUUCGCUUUUUAUUUGUAAUUGUUGAUUCAUCAAUGAUACGGCACUUCUGUCAUUCCUGUUUCUGUGCUCUGAUGAUCUUAUUUAAUGGUUAUGUAAUGUAAUAUUAAUAUAAAUGCUUUUUUCGGGGGGGGAAGGGAGCAGUUUUUCAGUUAUGUCAUUGUUAUUGUUUUUUAUGGAUAAAAGCGGCCUAGGGUCACGAACUGUCGCCGAUAGGAUCCCUAAUUGGAAGAUGCAUAUUUUAUUGAAGAAGUAAGGCCUGCAUUUAAACAAUUAGCCUGAUAUUUUAGAAUCACUCUUUAUUUGAUACACGCUGUAACUCCUCUGCUGUUUUUAAAAUACAAGCGAGUAUGUUAUUAGGAACUGUCUUCCAGGUCAACCCAAGGUGUAAGUUAGCAACUUUAAGAGUCCUGAAAAUACUUUGAUCAGCUUAGAUUAUUUUUCCUGACUGGUGAAAGAGUGCAGAGAAGAAAGCGAAGCUCAACCAGCCGCCAGCAGGCUGGAGUUUCUGCUAUCAUUAGAAUUAUGUUACAAUUGUUUUUUUUUUGUCUUUCCCCUUGAUGUGCUCUAUUGUCUGAAUUUCUUUGUUCAUUUUGAUGUUUGUUUUUAUAAUAAAACAACAACACAUGA